AAUAAAAGUUGGUCACUGGUGGACGGAGUUGUUGUGGUUUUGUGUAGUGAGAUUUUCAGUGUUUUGAUAGUUGUAAAUUUUGUUUUAAACGAUACUGUGGCGGUUUCUAAUUGAAAAUUAAUAAACAUUGGUUUAUAUUUUUUGUGCCACAUUUUCAUGUGGAGGUGGCGAUCCUGAUCAAGCUCCUGUGUGAGCAAGCUCGUUCGGGUCCAAAGGACCGAUCGUCGCGGGAACAACGUGGCCAUUGGUUAUUUAAAGGCGCCAAUAACCCGCCUUGUCAUAUCGAGCAUAAUAGGACCUCAGUUUUUGUGCAAGAGCCGGUGCCACCCGGCCUCUCACUGAGACUCUCCGUUCGAUACCGCUGAUUAUUCACGACUGCCGUUGCAGCUACUACAUAUGGAGCAUUCCACUAUCCGCAACCUGUGGACGCCCGGUAGCUCGCAGCUAAACUUAUCGUGACAGCAAUGAACACCACACAAAUUGGACCUUAAUGUUCCAGUCUGAGUGGUGCUUACAGCUUUCCCGUGUCGUAUCUUUUCAUUGAGAGAGUUAAAUAAAUUAUGGAUUUGUGAAUAGUCGUCCUAAAUGUAAAUACAUAAACAUUUCGUCUGCAAGAGAAAAAAUACACAAUGACUCAAACUACAAAACAUUGUAGCAUUGCAAUUGCUAUCAUCUUAAUUUUGUUUAUCAUAUUAUCGCGGGCCCAAUUAUCAUCAGAUCCACAAACUUAUCAACCUCGUUAUAAUCCUCAGUACACAAAUGCUCAACAGAGCUCCUCACUAUCCGGAACGACACAAUAUGAUAAUCCUCUGUUGAAUUCAUUACAAGAUCAAAAUCAGAUAGGUGGUAAUUCCAACUCUCCCAAUUCGCAAGGCAGCUUUAACAAUUAUUAUGAUUCAAAUCUUAACAGACAAUUGAAUUCAAAUACUAUUUCUGGCUCGUCAAACUAUGACCCAUUCAAUCGUAAUACUGGCCACUCUUCCAGUGGAAACAAUUAUGUUGACUCAUAUAGUGAUGAGCAGAACUUUUGCCCAGAACACUGGAUAUCCUUCCGGCAAACUUGCUAUCGUUUUAUACGUUCACCAAAACGAAAUUGGAUGGAAGCGAAAAAGAUAUGCAAAGCCUACAACUCCGAAUUGAUAAACGUCGACAACAUCGAUAAACAUGCAUUUGUCUUGAAGCAAUUAAUAAUGCAGAACCAGCGCCAGAGCCGUUUUUGGACUUCUGCUCGACAAACCGGUCCGAACAGCUGGGUAAAUGACGACAAUUCACCAUUCUUAAUGAUAGACGAUGCCUUUUCUUUCGAUGAAGACCAGGCUAUUGAAAAUGAAGACUUGCAUGAUAAUCGAUUCUUGGUCCAACGCAAUUAUAACAGCGAGUUCAAUCACAAUCCUAAUCAAUAUUAUAACACAAUCGGUGGAUCGUCAAAUAUAAAUCAAAAUAACUUAAGAGGAUUUGGCGGUUCGUCCCAAUUCGGAGAUAAUGGAUUUGUGCGUGAUCGCCUUGUUUAUGCUUACUCAAAAUUGAAAGAUCGGUGGAUGUUUAUGCCCGCUUUUGAUAUUGAAUUGAAUUUAUUUAUUUGUGAAUCGAAAAUACUGCACAGUCCUGAAAACAUCAAUUUAAAAUCGGACGAAAAGCGACCAUACACUUACGGCAUAGAUGUCGGUGACAUUGAGAAAAUUCCACGUGGACCGUAUUUUGUGAAACAGCCCAACGAUACAACAUUUGAUACGAGCAAAAGUCGAUUAAUUAAUGAUGUAACGUUAAGUUGUUUGGCUAGAGGUUAUCCUACUCCAAGUUAUAGUUGGUAUCGUGAAGUAUAUGUAAAUGAUACAUUGGAAUAUAAACGAAUUGAUCCGCUUAAAGAUGACCGUUUUACGGUGUCGGGUGGUAACUUGAUAAUCUAUGAUCCGAAACAAGCGCUUGAUCAAGGUGCUUACCAUUGUGUUGCAGAAAACAAAUUUGGUCGUGUAAGAUCGGAAAGUGCUCAUUUAAAUUUUGGUUUUAUAAUGGAAUUUAAUUUGAAACGUUCAGCAGAAACUGGUGAAAUGAAUUGGGGAAAAUCAAUUUUCUGUGACCCCCCACAACAUUAUCCUGAAGUAAAAUAUUACUGGUCCAGAGAUAAAUUUCCAAACUUUGUGGAUGAAGAUCAUAGAGUAUUUGUCUCAAAUGAUGGAGCAUUAUACUUUUCAUCAAUUGAAAUAGUUGACAGAGCUAAUUAUUCAUGUACGGUUCAAACCCUAGUUUCAGAUACCGGACGUAAUGGACCAUUUUUUCCCUUGCGCGUGAAGCCGAAUAGCAACUAUCAAGCUCUUAUAUUUGCUAAUUCAUUUCCAAAGGUUUUUCCUGAAGCUCCGAUCGCUGGGGACGAAAUACGUCUAGAAUGUAUGGCUUUUGGUUACCCUAUACCUUCUUAUAACUGGACAAGACGUGGACAACCUUUGCAACGAAAUGCGUACACAACAAAUUACAAUCGUGUUCUAAUCAUUCAAAAUGCAACAACAAACGAUAAUGGAGAAUAUGCGUGCACGAUAACCAAUCCAAGGAAGUCUUUGGAAAAAUCCAUUUUUAUAAACAUUCAAAUGAAACCGCAAUUUACCAUUCCACUCAAGGACAAAGUAAAGGACUAUAACAGCGAUGUAACAUUCAUAUGCGAAUCUUUUGCAAUACCUGAUGUAAACUACACCUGGUAUAAAAAUGCGGAACUACUAGAUCCAGAAAAGGUUGACAAAGACCGUUAUAUAAUUCAGGAUAAUAUCUUGACAAUAAGAUACGUUGAUCCUGAUCGCGACGAUGGAAUGUAUCAGUGUGGAGCCGCAAACCAACUCAAAACUGCUUACUCAUCCGCUCAAUUACGAGUAUUAACAAUGAAACCGUCGUUCAAAAAAAAGCCACUGGAAUCAGAGAUAUACGCUGUGUAUAAUGGCAAUACAACUAUAGAAUGUGAUCCAGAGGCUGCGCCACGCCCUAAGAUACAAUGGAAAAAAGAUGGUCAAGUAAUUGGUGCCGGUGGACAUCGUCGUAUACUUCCUAGUGGGACAUUGAUCAUUUCUCCAACAUCAAGAGAUGAUGAAGGCAUUUAUAUUUGUGUAGCUUCCAACAAAGCUGGAUCUGACGAAUCAAGGGCACGUCUUAUUGUGCUACAGGAGUUGCGAUUUAUUCAAACGCCACCACCACGCAUUACAACACAGGUACAUGACUUGAUAUACAUUCAAUGUGAAGCUGGUUAUGAUGAACUUCUAGACGUGGCUUAUGUUUGGAAACACAACGGAGACAUCUUGCGCAAUAACCACGAUGGUACCGAACGAAUCACUAUUGAUUACAAUCGACUGACUGUGCACAAUGUAACAAUGUUAGAUGGAGGAGAAUAUGAAUGUGUCGUAAAAUCAUCCGUCAAUGAAAUAUCUGCCAAAACAAAUGUUGUUAUAGAAGGAGCUCCUGGUGCUCCUGGCGGAGUACAAGUCAUUGAUAUUGGAAAGACAAAAGCACUUAUUGAGUGGGUAGAUGGGGCUAAUAAUGGUCGGCAAAUUCGAUAUUAUAACAUUUUGGGUCGCACGAAUUGGAAUCGUACUUGGGUAAACGUUUCAACACAUGUACAAGCACGCGAAGUUGAUCGCUACACAGGGAGACAACAAGCUGAAGUUACAAAUUUGACACCAUGGUCUUCGUAUGAAUUUAGUGUAGCCGCCGUAAACGAUUUAGGAAUUGGAACACCCUCAGCGCCUUCACCAAUAUACAGCACACAUGAAGAUAAGCCUUAUAUAGCCCCACGAAACGUCGGAGGAGGUGGAGGUAAGAUUGGCGAUCUUACAAUCAAGUGGGAUCCCUUGCUGCAUGAAGAACAACACAGCCAUGGCAUACAUUACAAAGUUUUCUGGCGAUUGAAAGGAAAAUAUGAAUGGGCCUCCGAAAUAAUAAACAGACUUGAUCACAUUGGAAUGGCGGUUGUAAAUAUACCUUUGAAUAAUUAUUAUACUGAAUAUGAAGUUAAAGUACAGGCUAUUAAUAAUAUUGGCAAAGGUCCGGAAAGUGAACCUGUUACAAUAUAUUCGGCUGAGGAUAUGCCACAAGUUGCACCGCAGAAACCUGUAGCAAUUGCUUUCAAUUCGACAGCAUUUAAUGUUACAUGGCAGCCAAUUGAUAUGACCAGGGAGAAUAUAAGAGGAAAACUGAUUGGUCACAGGAUAAAAUAUUGGAAAACAACACACCAAGAAGAAGACUCCGUGUAUUACUUAUCACGUACAAUAAGAAACUGGGCUUUAAUUGUAGGAUUACAACCCGAUACCUAUUACUUUGUUAAGGUGAUGGCCUAUAAUGCUGCCGGAGAAGGCCCUGAAAGUGAGCGUUUCGAAGAACGCACUUACAGAAAGGCACCACAAAAACCUCCAUCAUCAGUACAUGUGUACGGAAUCAACCCUUCAACGGUUCGAGUUGUAUGGCGCUACGUCUCUCCAGAACAAGACGAAGAGCCUAUUGAAGGCUACAAGGUCCGCGUAUGGGAAAGCGAUCAGAACAUGAUCACUGCAAAUGACACCAUUGUACCAGUAGGCCAAAAGUUAGAAUCAUAUAUACGCAAUCUAACGCCAGGAAAAAGCUAUAACAUGAGAGUGUUAGCUUACAGUAAUGGUGGUGAUGGACGUAUGUCCAGUCCGACGCUGCGAUUUCAAAUGGGCAAAACGACACGAAACCACGCCAGCCGACGUUACAAUUUCAACAUAAAUACUUUACUUAUCGUCACUGUUUUAACAUUCUUAUCUGCCUCAUUAUAUAACUACUGCUGACAAUGUCACUAUUCUGUCACGAAAACGCACAUUCCAACUGGCAGCAUCAAGUUAAAAAAGAAACAUUCCGUCCAAAACUUAAAGUAUUUAAAAAUAAGCCUACUCCGUCUACUCGAAUAAUUCCGUAUGGAAAUUUUUUUAUAUAUGCAAUAAUUUUCAUAAAAUAGCAUACAUACAACACUCUUAAAGUGCCCUUAUUAAGUAAAUAAGUAAUUGACAUAUUUUAUAGGCAUACCAUAUACAUAUGUAUGAUAAAAAAAACAAACAGUAUCGAUUUUUAUAAAUUAUAGUUUUGUUAAGGAGUCGAAUUUUAAAGCAUUUGAAAAUUAUAAUUAGAACAUAUUUUGUGAGUUAUUAUUCUUAACAAUUUUUCUCAAGUUUUUGUCUAUUUUACAAAAUUUUAAUAAAUUUGUUUUGACCUUAAA